AAAAAAAAAAAAAGAAAAAAAGAAAAAAAGUUUUAUGGUGGAUAUUGCAUUGCAGGCAAAACCAAAACCAAAACCAAAACAGAAGAACCAGACCUUCUAUGACCAUGAAGCUUUUGAGUUUUGAGUUGAGUAUGGUGAAAGAGACAGCGAAGCCGUAGAGGGAGAAAGUUUGUUUUAGACUAAAGAAGAAGAGGAGGUUUAAGAGAGGGUUUUAGGUCCACCAACUGGUGGUUAGAAGAUUGAUCUCUUAACCAAACAUAUCUCUUCAUCACCACAAACAAAUCAUCAGCUAACAACACUAAGGAAGAAGGAGGAGAAGAAGAAGAAGAAGAAGAAACUUGAGCAACCACUAGUUCAAACUGCUACUGGGUUUGGAGCAGGAACCAGAAAAAUACUUAAAAAAGUGAAAAGUCUUUCAAAAGAGAGGAACUUUAUCAUCACUCUCUUUCAGAGAAAGCAAGAACUGUGUUCGUGUGAAUCUUUCACGUGGGAAUUGAUGGAAAGAGAAUAAAUGAUUAGAAAAGAAGAUCAAAAGUGAAAAUUCAAUUAUUGUUGCUGUUAUUAUCACUUAAUUAGCUUGUUCUUGGAACCCAAAAACAAAAACACACACACACAGUAAAAAGCUCUUGUUUUUCUUCUUCUUUUAUGUUGUUUUUGUUGUAGUAUUAUGAGCAAUAUUUUCAAUGAAAAGUGAAGUGUUGUGUCGUUGUUUUUGUACUGGGUUCUUGGGAUCAGAAAGCGAUUUGUUUUGUGAAGAUUGUGUUAUCAGCGGAUCUGGUGGUGUCUUCAAACUUUUGUGUUCCCCACAACACCCACAACUGUUGCUUGUUUCCAGUUGAUGAAGAAAUAAGAUUAAUGAAGAAGUAUCAGUCUUGUGGGCUCGAAUUAAAAAUUUGUUGAGAUAAUACAAAUAUGGCCACUUAUUACACUAGUUCAAAUAAUCAAAAGGAGGCUGCUCCUAUGAUCUAUUUAAGGGAUUCUUUGCCGGGUUCUUACUCAGAGGCACCUGUUCUUCCUGGUAAUGUGAUGAUGUACAUGAAUUCAGGGUCUUACCCGGAUUUGCUAGCAGGAAGUUCUCAGCAGCAAAAUAACUGCAUUGAUAUUCAAUCUGUGGAAACUUCAGAAUCAACCCCACAGCAACAAGAAAUCUUCUCGAAUCUUGGUGGGUCACGAAUUGGGGAGCAUGAGUUCAAUGCAUGGAGGGACAAUAGAAAUGAGAUGUUAGUUAUGCAACCAAUGGGUGGCCCUACGAAUAUUCUACAAGGUGGACAGAGUUUGCAUGGUCAAGGAUUAUCCCUUAGCUUGGGGACACAAAUUCCAUCUGGAAUCCAAAUGCCUUCCAUCCCCUACAGAAAUCCCAAUUCAGGCUUUGCUUCAUUCUUGAGCUCGAAUUCAUUGAUUACAGGUGACGGUGGCAGGAAUAGCUCUUCCAGAGAUGAACAAGCAAGAAACGUUGAAUAUUUGCCGGUUGCUUUCUCUGGAGGUAACCAAGAGAACAAAGGUGAUGUGUCUCCUUAUGGGACGUCAAGUGUUUCAAGAGCCAUCCCCAAUUCCAGGUAUCUCAAGGCAGCACGACAACUUUUAGACGAAGUUGUUAAUGUUCGAAAAGCUCUAAAACAGCCUGAUGGUGAGAAAAGCCAAGGCACACAUGAGCAGCGGAUGAAAAGUUCCAAGGAGACUGAUUGGGCUUCAAGUAAUGCACCAUCGAAUCAAGAAUCUGCUGGGAACCCACUGAAUGAACUUUCACAUGCUGAAAAACAAGAACUGCAAAACAAGUUGACAAAGCUUUUGUCCAUGUUGGAUGAGGUUGAUAGAAGGUACAAGCAGUAUUACCACCAAAUGCAGAUUGUGGUAUCUUCAUUUGAUGUGAUUGCAGGAUGUGGGGCUGCUAAACCAUACACUGCAUUGGCUUUGCAGACUAUAUCCCGCCACUUCCGGUGCUUGCGUGAUGCUAUCACUGGCCAAAUUCAGGCAACCCGUAGAAGCCUUGGAGAGCAAGAUACUUCAGAAAACGGUAAAGGUGUUGGCAUAACUCGCCUCCGAUAUGUGGAUCAGCAGCUCAGGCAACAACGAGCUCUUCAGCAACUUGGUAUGAUGCAACAACAUGCUUGGAGGCCACAGAGAGGGUUGCCUGAAAGCUCUGUUUCGAUUCUUCGUGCCUGGCUGUUUGAACAUUUCCUCCAUCCUUACCCAAAAGACACUGAUAAAAUCAUGCUUGCAAGACAGACAGGCUUGACCAGAAGUCAGGUUUCGAAUUGGUUUAUAAAUGCUCGGGUUCGUCUUUGGAAGCCUAUGGUUGAAGAGAUGUAUAAAGAGGAAUUUUCUGGAGCUGAGAUGGACUCAAAUUCUUCAUCUGAAAAUGCUGCCAAAGCAAAUAAAGGUGAUACAAUGACCUCGGAGGACAGGGAGGAAGAUUUGCAACGGAGUGGGAGUUCAACUGCCACUGAGAGAUGCAGUACUGGACAAAUGACAGAUUCCAAAUCCAAUCAAGUUCUCGAUGUAGAAACAGCAGGUGCCAGUUUCCAUAACGGGGCAUGCGGAGGAGCUGAAACCGAGUAUGGGUUACUGAAACUGAGGGAUGAACAAAGGUCCAAUGUUGAUGAAAGUAGUCUCUUCCAGGACCCAAUGGUUCAUUCAGACGGGGGCAACAACAGGUACAUGGCAGCUGCCGCUGCUGCUUACCACAUGUCAGAGUUGGGCCGGUUUGGGAGUGGCAGUGGGGUGUCUCUCACAUUAGGCUUACAACAUUGCGAGGGUGGUAACCUACCGAUAUCUGGUGGAACCCAUCAAAGUUUCAUUGCCAUGAGAGGAGAUGAUAUAUACAAUGCUGCUGCAUCUUCUGUAGGGACUGAAACAGCAGAUUAUGAAUGUAUAAAUAACGGGAACCGGCAGUCCAGGUUCAGUUCUUCCCAUUUAUUACACGAUUUCGUAGCUUGAAAACCAACUGCUUUGCAUGUUCACCUGAAAAGAAAGUUCAGGCUUUUCAUUUAGGUAAACCAAAGAAUUCUAGUCUUCUGGAUGAGGAGACUUAGAACACAGUUGUAAUAUAUCAAGAAAUUGGUUGGUUAGCAUAUUUGUAAAGAUAAGAUACAUAAUUUUUGCCUUGGGUAUUGGCUAAGAAAAAAGAACCAAAAAAAAAAAAAAGUCUUGAUUUAAAUAAAGUUAGUAGGGAUUGGCUUGGCUUAUUGUCA